CGACUGUUUAACCAGUUCCAACGAGAUCCACAGCCAAUUAGCCAAAGCCCUUCUUCUACUACGACAAAAUUAACAUGUGCUGAAACUGAAAGUUCAAAGCGGUAGCAAAUAGCAAGCAGAGCAUGGGCACAGCCAUGGCUUCCAUAUCUAAGCCACUGCCACGUGUCCACCGCCCCUCAAACCCUAUCCCUCUCCGCUUCUCCCCCGUAAUCCUAUCAUUCCCUUCCUUCCCAGCGGCGUCGUUUCCCCGACAUCUCAGCGCCCUUAAAACUGGGCCGGACGGUUUCGGCUCGGACUUGCUAAGGAAGCCUAUUAUCUCGCAGGACAAGGACUUGGGUGGGAUUCCGGAGGAAGACGAGGAGAGCGAGGGGAAGAGAGAGUACGAGGACGGGGACGUAGAGAAGUGGGUGGACUGGGAGGACCGGAUUUUGGAGGACACGGUUCCUCUGGUCGGUUUUGUUAGGAUGAUCCUUCAUUCCGGAAAAUAUCAAAGUGGAGAUAAAUUAAGUCCAGAGCAUGAGAAAACCAUUCUUGAGAGGUUGCUUCCAUUUCAUCCUGAGUCUGAAAAGAAGAUUGGAUGCGGAAUUCACUAUAUCACAAUUGGGUAUCAUCCUGAAUUUGAAAGGUCACGCUGUUUGUUCAUAGUUCGAAAGGACGGAGAGUUGGUUGACUUUUCUUACUGGAAAUGCAUAAAGGGCCUGAUCAGGAAGAACUAUCCUUUAUAUGCUGACAGUUUCAUUCUCAGACAUUUCCGACGGCAUCGGCGGAGUGCAUGAGUAACAUGUUAGAAAUUGGGAGAUUUUAAUAUUCUUGACUUCUUGAAGUUGAGGGAAGUUGAUGGAAAAGGUGGACUGAAAGCUGUGGGACGAUCUGACUGAACUGGAUCAGAAAAAAAGAGGGAUACCAGUCGAAAGAAGUCGACCUCCUUGCGUUUCUCAUAUUACAAUCAUCUUCCCGCCGAGUCCCGUUCUUCUCGGUCCACAGGGACAAAAUCUAGGACUGUUGUACAACCAUCCACUCAUGUAAGUUACAUUUGUCAAAUAUUGUAUGAUAAAUGAUCCUGUAUUUGGCACAGCACCUUUCCUGGAUUCAAAAGGAAAUGGGCGUAAGCUUUUUUCAGUUUUUUUGAGGUUGGCCAUAGGGGGUUCUAUGAGAAGCUUGUAGUCAUGCAAACAUGGAGUCCAUCCUGCUAGAUUACCUUUAAAAGAGAGAACCGAACAUGCCAACACCCGCAUAAAUUUAUUCUAGGGUUGUUUUGUUUUCUCUCCA